AUGCCUCCGUCAGCCAGAAGCCGCUCACCCUCGGUAUACUCUCUCCACGACCUCUCCCCGCGCAUCACACAAUCUUUAUCAACAACAUCAUCAUCCCCGCAGUCGCAGCCGGACCAAGAACCGGAGCCGCGUGGGGAAGGGUCCGCCGUCCCGCCGGCCGAAUCGGCCAAGACGCCGCUCGCCAGGUUCUGGUCUUCGCAGGUGAGCUGCGAGGUUGACUUUUCAGCCGCGCGUGACCACCUCGCCAACGAGCGUACCUUUCUCGGAUACCUGCGUACAUCCAUGAUGAUGUCCAUGGUCGGGACCCUGGUAGCCCAGCUCUUCACAUUCAACCACGAGACCAACCACGGCUCCGGUUUUGGCUACUUUGCUGCCGGGAAACCCCUGGCCAUAACCUGCUACGCCUUCUCGAUAGGCACUAUCCUACUUGGGGCCGUUCGGAGCUGGAGGCAUCAGCAUGCCAUGUUGAGUGGCAAGGCCUUGUCAGGUGGCUUUGAGAUUCACUGCCUCGGUAUAUGUUCUGUUCUUGUGGGUUGA